UUUGUUCUCCGUUGUAACACUGGACGCUUUGGUUUUGGUUGAGUGAUCUCCCUUAAAGCCACCCACUCAGAAUUUAAACUCCACUUCUUCUUUUUUUUGUUAAACGAACGCCUCUGAUAAAAGCUCGGCUAAAUUCUUCUCCUGUUGGUACCACGGCUAUCAAACGAAACCGAAAGGCGGAAGGCAAGUGAUUGAUUGCUAGAGUUUCCUGGACUUGAUCGGACUGGAGUUUGGUGAAAUCUUAUGCCCAGAGCCAUCAAUCCAUGACGGAGGAGGAAAUCGGAGCAGCAGUCUCGUUGGUGAUGUUGGAAACCGCGGAGCAACACGCCGGACGUGCCGUCGCCACCACUGCAGUAACCUCUGCCCUAAAGAGGUGCUAAACACUGGGCGAGAGAGAAAAAAAAAGAAAAAGUUUGGUAACGAUGAGCGCAGCCAGAUCAGGGGUAUUUCCUUGGAUCUUCCAGUCCAUGACAGGGAUGAGUGUACUCGUCUGAGGCUCCUGCAUAAGAACAUGAUAAAUGUGUCUGACCGGAACUUUGCUCCGUAGUGUGCUGGUGCUUCUCCUGUUGGCCAACACAUGUGGCAAACGCAGAUGUAACUAUAAAGAAAUAUUGGGCUCCUACAGAGAGGUCAUCUUUGUCGAGCUGCAGAAUUUGAAUCUGACUCUCUCUCAAAAUACAUUCAAAGAAAGAGACCCUUGUCCCUCGGGGAAGGCCCGUCAAAUCCUCAUUUCCAUAUAUGGUAUGACGCAGAAAAUACACUGUAGGAGUGGCAAGCACCUUUCUGAGAUGGAAAAGCCAAUUGAGAGCAUGGAGCUGCUCAUCAUUCAAAACUGCUCCCCGGAUUACAUGGCAAAGAAAGAUUUGUGUUCAGCUGUCCGGAAAAUAAAAGGAAAGAAGAGAAAGAGGAUCAUGUUAAUCAGAGUUAUCAAGCAACUGAUAAUUUGUUGGGAAAAGCUUCAGAGUGUGUAUAUGGUCUCUAAGUAGGCAAGAUUGUGUUCCUUUUGGUUCCCAUAACAAAAGCUACCUUUUCACAAAGAGACCUGUUGAGUUUCCAGAACAUUCACAGUACUAUGACUUUGUUAAAUAAAAUAGCUGUAUUCUAAUGCAAUGCCAAUAAUGUUUACCGUUGUCAAGUUCUCAGUGUUUUGAGAAUUAAAACUGCCAGCUUUUGCAUGUCAGCAUUGCUCCAUGUCAUGUUGAAUAGUUUUAUAGUAACCACAGAUAAGCUAAAAAGUAUGUAUUUUUCCUUUCAAUACUUUAGAAAAUAUGCAUAUGAUCUCUGCUGUUGUAACAUUUGUUUUGUGUCUUUAAGCCAUACAUUAACAUUCACAUACAAUAUUCUUCUGUCCAUUCUGUUGUAAAGUUUAUGCCA